AUGUUCUCCGAGGUGCACCAUCUGGACUCACUGGUAAUUCAGCACAUUGGUGUCUACACUGUCUGCCCUGUCUCCUCUCUCACCUCUUUUACGGAACCCUCUGAGUCGCACACUCAAGAGAUCAUUAAACUGUCCUCAUUCUUGGGCUCUUCUCCACACCAAGCCAUCGCCUCUGCAAGACCCGACUCACAAUCGAACCACCAGCGACUCUACAAGUGUAUUACCACCUCGUCGGUGCCAACGGUGGAAUCACAGCGCGGAAAGUCUGCUAGCAGUCCGGCUGUUAUUUCGGGAGACAAGGACGUUGUUGCUCCCACGGGAGAAAAGUUACACACUCUUUGCAGUCAGUUUCUUACCUCCCUCUAUCAGCCUCAACGGCCACCAGAGUUUUGGGAGAAAUGUGUGAGUUCAUUGAUGUUUUUUGGACAUGAAUUCUUAUCAUUUUUUCUUGCCAAACGAAAGUGUUUAAUAUCCUCGUGUCUGCGCAUUCCCAAGAGAGGGGCCAAGGUUGAUCUUUUGGAGUGUUGUUUAUAA